AUGGUGCCGGUUGGUUUCGGGCUCUCAUUGCUCAUUGCUAUGCAGUGGGUCAAGAGAGAUAUGUACCUAAAUGUCGAAGUACCGGAGGACAUCCGCAAAGGGGAAGAGAUGAGACGAUGGUGGGCACGAGUUGGCUCUGCUCAGGCUUUUGGAGAGCCAGAGCGCAGAUCCGUUUCCUCAGCAGAAGGCCGCAGUCGCUCGUUGUACAGGGCCAUCAUGGUAGAGCCUAUAUUCAAUCAAGUAUGCAUCGGACAGGCCGUCGAGGACAAGACAAACCCAAAAGGGAUCCACUGCGAGGGUCCCCGGGCUACCAAGCUGGUACAUUAUUCCAUAUCAUCCCCAUGCACCGGCAAAUCUGAGCCCCCGGCCAAUUUCCUGGGGUUUCCUGGGGUGCAGGAUGGCGAGCGUCUUGGCUGA